CGGCAGGAUAAAAGCAGGAAACCUGCAGGAAACCCAUCCGCUGCUUGUUAAAAGUGAAACUAGUCAAAAAGUAAAAAGUCAUACUUUUUAAUUUAGGACCAGCUUGGUUCACGUAAUGCUGUAACUCGGCUGUUGGUGGUGAGUUGCAGGACCGAUGGCUGCGUCUCUGUUUGUAUCGUUGUGGCUCUUGAGUAUUGUGAUGGGUCAUGUGACCGGGGUGACACGUGACUGGAGGCUGCGUUCGGCCGUUCCCGGAGACCCGGGUUUCCAUGACAACAGAGCCAGCAGCAUCCCGAGCACACCGCCCGGACCAGAACCAGAACCGGGUGACCUCGCUGCUGCGUUCAAGGUCCCCACCCUGGAUGGGGAGUUUAACUACCAGCCCGGCUCCCUGGAUGGGUCCGUGGUUGUUCACGCCUUCACCAACAAGUCCGGGUUCCUGGAGUCUCUGUGGAGCUGCCCGUCCUCCCUGUCCUCGCUGGUGCAGGACCUGCCGGGCAGCACCAGCCUGCUCUUCCUGUCCCUGGACGACUCGGCGGCCAGUGAUGCUCUGUGGAUGAGGGAGCAGCUGCAGCGGGCCGCCCUGCGAAGCAAUAAAAAGGAGGUUCUGACCCGGCUGCACUUCUCUCCGGUGCCCGUCUUUGCUCUCGGUAACUGGAUCCCCAACAUCCUUUAUUACUGGGGCUGCAAGGGGCACAACUGUGGUCUCUCCCAGGCUGCUUUCACCUCUGACGGCUGGAAAAUACCCAUCAUUGUCAAGAGACUGGAUGCCAGGUAUGAUUGGCUCAUGGCACGCUGGGGUUCAAAUUCCCAGCGGCUGGUGGACGCUGGAGACGGGUGCAAGCCCUGGCCCGCGGUGGCGGGUGCCGUGGCCUGGGUCUCCGACGGCAACUGCUCCUUCUUCACUAAGGUUCAGAACAUGGCCAAAUCCAACGCCUCUGGGGUCCUUGUCUUUUCCCUCCCUGGUAAUCCGAUCCAGGACAUGAAUUGCAUCGAGGAUGAGUGUAACACUCCGCUCAACAUCCCCGCUGCCAUGGUGCACCAGGAGGCGUCCGUCGCCCAGGCGCUUCUCUUGAAGCAGGUGGUGAGCGUUUCUUUCCAGACCACCCCGUCUCCAAACUUCUUCUUUGCCGUUGACCAUCAGGGGGCGCUAGCUGAGAUGGGCUGGUUCCUUUACCCGACCUUCAGCUUCAUCAACUGGCAGGCCCAGUGGUUUGAUUUCUCUGCUGAUCUGCAGACCAAACUCCAAAGUCCUGCAAAAGUUGUGUCUGUGUUUGACAAAGUCCAAAUGCAGGGAGAGAAAGGAGCCGUGGCCACAGUCGACCUGCCUUCAGACUUGUGGGACUUUGACACUCUGGAGCUGGAUGCGUCUCUGUCGUGUCCCGGCAGGAGAGACUCGUCCUGCGCUGUGUGGGAUCACACGGUGCAGCUGUUUGUGUGCUGCGAUCAGCUCGGCCCGUACUGCAACACGGAGCUGGGCCGAUGGAUCACAGCCUUCCGCAGAGGUAUCGGCCGCUGGCUGACGGACGUGUCCCCUCUGAUGCCGCUGCUGGACACCAACAGAUGCACCUUCACCAUGAAGACGGUGCCGUGGGCGAAGCCGUGGAUCGUCUCCCUCAACCUGAGGUUCAGCGCCAACAAUCAGACAGCAGGUGGUUUGGAGAAGGUGGAGAAGUUUCGGCCCUUCAGGGUGGAGUCUUUGUUCACCGGGGGGACCUUCGACAAAGACUACAACAAGAGGUACCGGCCCAUGAAGUUCCCCAUGCCGCCGUCGACCAGGAAGGUGGAGCUGUACGCCGUCAUCACGGGACACGGCAGCGACGAGAACGGCUGUGGAGAGUUUUGUGUUACCUCCCAUCACUUCCUAAUCAACGCCGUUUACAACAACACGCGGAUAUUUGAUUCGGCAGGAACGGCUCUGGGCUGCACAAAGCGGGUGAAAGAGGGCGCGGUACCGAAUGAACAUGGCACGUGGCUGUACGGACGCGGAGGCUGGUGUGAUGGACUACAGGUCAGUCCCUGGAGGAUCGACAUCACCAAACAGCUGGACUUUGCCGGCGUUGGGUCCAACACCGUCAUCUACUUUGGCUUGUUUGACGGCCGAGAUCCUAAUCCAUCUCAGCAGCCGGGAAACAUCAUCAUGUCUUCGUUUCUCAUCUUCUACAAGUGAUGCUGCUCUCUAAAAUGAUGUUUUUAAACUGCUGGGUAAGGGAAUGUCACAGACUGUGUAAAAUUAAUCAAAGAUUAAAUUUUUCUAUUUUCUGA